CAGGGCCCCCCGCUGCCGCCGCCGCCGCCCCGCUCGCAGGCCCCGGCCGGACCCUUUUCCCUGCAGCACCGCGCGGAGCCGCCGCGCCUGGCAGCGGGGCCGCCGGCUGCCUGCGGCGGGGCCGGGCCGGGCCGGGGAGGAUGAAGCAGGCGCUGGCGGACGACACCGAGGACGUGUCCCUGGAGCUGGGGAGCGAGGAGGAGGCGGCCCUGCGCUCCGCCGCCGUCAGGCACCCACUGGCCACCUUUUUCCAUCUGUUUUUCCGAGUGAGUGCUAUUGUUACCUACUUGUUCUGUGACUGGUUCAGCAACAGCUUUGUUGCCUGUUUUGUCACUAUUCUCCUUCUCCUAUCCUUUGACUUUUGGUCAGUGAAGAACGUGACAGGAAGACUCUUGGUUGGUUUACGCUGGUGGAACCAGAUUGAUGAAGAUGGAAAAAGCCACUGGGUAUUUGAAGCAAAAAAGGUAUCUACCAUAGCUGCCUCAACUGAAGUUGAAGCUCGAAUCUUUUGGCUUGGUCUCAUUAUCUGUCCAGCUAUUUGGACAGUGUUUUUCUUUAGCACCUUGUUUUCCUUGAAGCUGAAAUGGCUGGCUCUUGUUGUAGCUGGGAUCUCCCUUCAGACUGCUAAUUUAUAUGGAUACAUCCACUGUAAGUUAGGGGAACAAAAAAGCAUCAGCAGAAUAACUUCAAGUUUUUUUGUCGCAGCAGAUGUUUCCAAGAGACAGACAAGGAGAACUUCAGAAAAUUGCAUCAAAGAACAUGGAAACACAGCCAGUAGAUAAUCAAAUGACAGCAUCAUCAGGACUACUGAGCAAGAAUCCCACUGACAUGACACCCAAGUUUUCUUCAACAUACUAACAAAGAAGUAGUUGAACAUUAAAGAAAUCAAUUCUAAAUAAACAAAUUUCAUUGAAGAAGUAAUUUCAGCGGGGGAGUAAAAAAAGGACAUUAAGAAAAUGAAGGCAUGUUUCCUUUGAUAAAGGGGGAAGAAUUAGGCUAUUAAAGGCUACACAGGUUCUUGUGCAACACUCACUAAUCUAAUGAUAGUCAUCUUGUUAACAAGAUAAAUGACAAGUCCAUUUUUCAAAAGCUGAGGGCAAUUAAAAAAAAAAAAAAAGAAGAAUAUUAAAAACAUCAGAGAAACUAAUAUCCUCUCUGUCAUCACCACUUGGACUGCAUAUACUUAGUCCAGCACGCUGGAGCAUGUGACAAAAACUGUAACUCAUCUAACUAUAUUCACGGACUGGCAAAGAACUAGUUGUGGUAAGUUUAACAGUGGUUUAUGGAAUCACCAGAGGCAACACAAGGCUAAAAACAGCCUUCCCUCUCAGCACUCUCAGCAUCAAGUCUGUCUUUUUUUUUUUUAAACAAACAAACAAAAAAACAGAUUACCUUUAGCAUGUAUCCUGCUAACAACAAAAGCACCUGAAUUUUCCCCAUGUUUUCUGCAGAUUAACAAUUUUUUUUGCCUAACUGUGCUUAAGAUGCUUUCUGAUCUUUCUGUCUGUCAUUGAAAGAGUAACAUACUGCACAGCUCUCAUGACAACCAAAAAUAAUGAAAUCAAAUAACCAGUAUUUAUUGCCCAUAUUAACAGGCGGUAUUAAGAAAGCCAGUACAAAAGAGAAAUACAUUUACAAUGAUAAAACUAUAUUGGAAACAUGGUACUAUUAUCAACAAAAGUAAUUUAAACCUCUGAUUUAUAUGGCCUGUAGCCAGAUUCCACAGAAUCUGGACAUUUGUGUCAUUGGAUAAAAAAAAUGACUAAGUAGCCCCUGUUUCCCCCACUCCCUUACAAACAGCCCCCAGCCCAUAAACUACUUUUUACAACAGUUAAACCAACUCACCACUGGAGACCAUCCAGAACCACUCUGAUGAACCUGAAAAUUGGCGUAAAAUGAAUGAAAUAAAUCAGAAAUAAAUACAGAAAUUAUGUAACGCAUGAACAAUGCAAGUCAAAACUGAUGAUGAUCUAUGCUAUAGAUGCAAUACUGCUGGCUUUAUUAGAACAGCUGAAUGAAAAACUACAGAGGACCCAGACUGCCAUUAAUAAGUGAACAGUAAAAUCCAUUCAUAGAAUCAUGCAAAUGUUACACCUAAUGAGCUGACUCACACCUUCAGUAUAACUACUGAACCUUUUGGCAGAAAAACUAUCCAUGAUUUUAUAUAUUUAUAUAAAAUAUUCUAGGGAUGAUAAAGAUCAUUGUGCUACCACUACUUAAGUUUUUAAAUAGUCGAAUAUGCAGCAGAUAACCAGCAAGAGCUGGGUAUGAUGCAGUUGGUAUGGGCAAUUAAUUAAUCAACCUGCUCAAACAUACCCAAAUGCCUCCGGAAGGUGCAGCUAUUCUGAGGUUAGCAAACAUUUGUGCUCUGAGUCAGUUACACAGCAACAACUUUCAACCAAUACUAGAAGCAUCAUCACUGGAACACAAAGUUUAAAUCCUCUUGCCUCAUAUUAACUGGAAAAGUCUUCAAGGAAAGACCUUGCUAAUUAGCACACUUCGCAUCAAAACAGUACAACAGUCCUCAACUUCUCAGGAACUCCACAGCUAGCUACUUUAAUGAGGUCUUGUUUUUAAGUUUGGUAAGAGAUGCUUCCUUUUUUGCAGCUUACGGUGAGAUACUAGUGAAAUGCAGUAUUUUGUUGUUCUAUUUUGCUAAUAAAGCUGAUAUAGCAAAAGA